AUGGGCCCCACUGCCGCGCGCCACACGCUCGCGGAGCUUCAGUUCCCAAGCUUCCACCCGCAGCUCAAAGGCCCGGCCGCGCUCGAGCCGCCCAUGCGCGCUGACCCGCAGUGGAUGUCCUCGUCCGUCUCGUCGUCGCCCACGAGCAUCGCGUCGCACACGACGAGCUCUGGCACGAUGACGACCAGCUCCAGCACGUCGCAGCCACUCCCGAGCUUCACGCUCGAGCUGCAAAGCAGCGGCAGCUACUAUACCGGCGGCAGUUGCAGUAGUAGUAGCACGUCCACGUCCACGUCCAGCACCACCUCGAGCCACGUGCCCUUCCGGCCGCCCAUCAUGAGCCUUUCGACGCCGACGGGGUACUACACUCAGCAGCAGCUGCUGCCGCCGCGCGACGGUCCGACGUACGCGUCGUCGUCGUCGGCCGCCUCCGUCGGCGCUUCGUCGUCGUCCUGGAGCGGUCCGAACUACCCCAGCGACUCGGCCAUGGUCCUCGGUGAUUACCUCCACGCCACUCAUCAUCCACCUCCGCCGCCGCCGUCUUCGAUCCCUCCUCCACCUCACCCUUCCCAGGUCGUCCUGCAUCCGCUCGUGCUUCAACAUAGCGAACCUUUGCCGCGGUCGAACGACGACGACUUGGCCAUGGACGCCCAAAUGCUGCGGGAGGUGCUCCAGGGCAUGCCAACGGGGCAGACACCCCCAUCACCACCACACGACACAGGGCCGUGGCCAGCCGUCCCCGAUGCCGGCACCGCGAUGGCCAUGGCCUCGACACAGGCCGACCUGCUGCUCGCGGCCAGUCACCCGACGACGACGUCGUCGCACGCGGCGCCGGCCACUGCACCGUCGGCCAUGUUCCCGUCCUUAGCACCGACGGCCGACCGCGGCGCGACCGGUGCGUACGACUCGUUAGGUCUGACCGCGAACCCGUCGGCACUGGCCCUCACGUCGUUGGCGCAAGAGCCGCCGCGGAAAAAGCGGUCAAGCGCGACGCGCAUUUGCAAAGUCGACGGGUGUACCAAAGGCAUCCGGUCGCGCGGGCUCUGCAAAGCGCACGGCGGCGGCCGGCGGUGUACCACCCCGGGGUGCACGACAAGCGACCAGGGCGGCGGCCACUGCGUGUUGCACGGCGGCGGCCGCCGCUGCCGCAUCGAAGGCUGCAAAAAGUCGGCGCAGUGGCGCGGCGUGUGCAAAAUGCACGGCGGCGCCCGGCGCUGCCGCUACGGGCAAUGCACGAAGAACGGACAAGUGAAGCAGGGCUACUGCCGGAUGCACCACAACCUCUUGACGGAGCAGCGCCAGCAACAAGAACAACUGCAACUGCUACAGCUGCAGCAAUUACGGCAGCAAUUGCCGGCCGAGGGCAGCAUUUAA